ACUGUCAUUAGGGAAUGGGAAGCAACCAGUCAUGGGUCACAGAGUUCGUCUUGGUGGGAUUCCAGCUCAGGGCAGACGUGGAAGUGCUCCUCCUCUGGGUCUUCUCCCUGUUCUACAUCUUCAGUCUGUUGGCAAAUGGCGUGAUCUUGGGACUCAUCUGUCUGGACCCGAGUCUACACACCCCCAUGUACUUCUUCCUUUCACACCUGGCCAUCAUUGAUAUCUCUUAUGCUUCCACUAAUGUGCCCAAGAUGUUGGCAAACUUAGUGAGCCAGAAUAGAACCAUAUCUGUUGUUCCCUGCAUUAUGCAGACAUUUUUGUAUUGGGGUUUUGCUGCUACAGAAUGCCUGAUUUUGGUGGCGAUGUCCUAUGAUAGGUUUGUGGCGAUCUGCCACCCCCUCCACUACACUGUCAUCAUGAACUGGAGAGUGUGCAUGGUCCUGGCUGUCACUUCCUGGUCCUGUGGAUUUAUUCAGUCUCUGGUACAUGCAAUUCUCCUCCUAAGGUUGCCCUUCAGUGGGCCCCGGGAAGUGAACCACCUCUUCUGUGAAAUUCUGUCUGUCCUCAAGCUGGCCUGUGCUGACACCUGGAUAAACCAAGUGGUUAUCUUUGCUACCUGUGUGUUCGUCUUAGUUGGGCCUCUCUGCUCAAUGCUAGUCUCCUACAUGCGCAUCCUCUGGGCUGUCCUAAAGAUCCAGUCAAAGGAAGGCCGCACAAAGGCCUUCUCCACCUGCCUCUCCCACCUCUGUGUGGUCGGACUCUUCUUUGGCAUCGCCAUGGUGGUUUAUAUGGUCCCAGAAUCCAAUCAACGAGAAGAGCAGGAGAAAAUACUGUCCCUGUUUCACAGUCUGUUUAACCCCAUGCUGAACCCCCUCAUCUACAGCCUGAGGAAUGCUCAGGUGAAGGGCGCCUUGUAUCGAGCACUGCAGAAGAAGAGGCCCACGUGAAGGGUAGAGAGAAUGUUGUUUGAUCAGGGAUUUCCUUUUAAAAUAUGUGAUUUGCUAAUGCAAAAACUUAAAAAAAAAUUCCCAAAUAGAAGUUGAUAUAAAAAUGGUAAUUGCCCAAAUUCUAACUCUCAAAAUAAAUCAAAUUUCCAUGGAAAAGCAUAUCUUCUAAACUUUACAGACCAUGUAAGAAGAUGAGAAGCUAAAUUAUCAGCAUCCUUAAUCUUUCUUUUAAGAAAUAUUGAAUUGUCUUUAUUUUUUAAGGCCAGGAAUAUUAACAUACGGAGAAAAUUUAAAUAUAAGCAAAUGACAUCAAUGCCUUUCUCUGGCUUAUGUAUUUAGUCAUCUGUGACUUCUUCUUACCUUGUGGUAGCUGGAAAUAGUACAGUAAAAUUAGUACCAUAAGAGAGAAAUUCCAAAGUAGACCUGAAAUUUCAAUGUAGAACAUAUUACAGAGUUCUAUGAAUCUACCUCCCCAGUUGUGAGGUCAGUGAAAUAAGAGUUUAAAGAAACUCUAGAUUACUUGGUCCAGUAAUUGAGUAGUAAAGGAAAAAAAUUAGGGAAAGCUUUAGUCCAACAAGAAGCUAUAUCAAAAAUCCUAAAUUAUGUUAAAGUUUUAGGAUUUGGUCAAAAGGAAUCCAUUAGUAAAUAUUUAAAUGGUUCUAGAGGUAAGGAUUUUGAGCAUUGCUGAAACAUUACAUUUAUUUUGGGGUUAUGAUAAAAUCUAAUUAGGCAAGAUUUUAUCCUGUUGAAGUUCUUGAAGAUUUUCCCAGCAAUAUUUUUGUAAUUGAAUCAACUUAUCUGAAGACGGUUUGGGGUAACACCAAGCAGCAUGAGAUAACUAGGAUAUAGUCAACAUCAUUUC